AUGAAUUUUCCCAUUAAUGACUCGGGGCAGUUUUCGGCACAAAGACUUUACACGCCAGGCACCUUUGCAUCUCUCAUUAUUGUGAGCACGUCAGACAAUAUCCUUACCGCAAGUGUUGUCAAGGAACUUCAAAAGCUGGACAUGGCUGUGAAAAACCUGACCUCAAAGUCUGGAGCUAACUUCAACCAACUCUGUGCUCAAGUCAAUGGCUCCACCUGUGUCUCAGCCAACCCUGUAUUCACCUUAAAGCAAAAUAACAACAAAGAUGUCCUCUUAACUUACCCACAGCUCCAUAAUGGUGUAUUUGUGGGACUUUAUGUUGGAGGUGUACUGUUGGGUCCAGACAAUGUUCUGCUGAAGGCCAAGGCCCUGCGAUUCCUGUACUACCUGAGAGAGGACAGCGAUACAGUCCAUAUCAGUAUCGAAUGGCUUAAUCACUUUAUGAAAUCCAUUUCUCACCUGAUAGAAGAAUUGCACCUCAGAUACAUAAAGGUUUACCACUCAACAUCUAUUUCUCUGCAAACUGAGUUUGAAGAAAGCACAGAAACAGUGAUCCCAUUGUUUUCAAUCACCUAUGUUGUGACAAUCCUCUUCUCCAUUGUGUCUUGUGCCAGCUUGGACAACGUGAGAAAUAAAAUUUGGGUAAUAACAUUUGGCGUGAUAUCACCUGGAUUAGCCAUCAUGGCCAGCUUUGGGCUACUCUUAUUAUGUAAAGUACCCUUUGCCAGAACAGUCGCAAAUGCGCCAUUUCUUAUACUUGGAGUUGGAGUAGACAACAUGUUCAUUAUAAUCUCCUGCUGGAAACAAACUAAAGUGACAAGCACAGUAGAAGAGCGAAUGGCUGAUACCUAUCAAGAGGCAGCUGUCUCUAUCACCAUUACCACUCUCACUGAUGUGCUGGCAUUCUACAUAGGAAUAAUGACCCAUUUCCCAUCCGUCAAAUCAUUCUGCAUCUACACAGGGACAGCUCUGGUUUUCUGUUACAUCUACUGCAUAACAUUUUUUGGCGCUAUUCUGGCUUUGAAUAGAAUCCAUGAAAACAACAACAGACAUUGGUUAGUUUGUAUGAAAAUAAGUGACAAGAGGGAUAAUGAGCAGAGCUGGUUGUACAAUGCAUGCUGUGUUGGAGAAGCACUGGACACCUCGCAGGAGAAAGAGACUGAGCAUCCUAUCACCAUCUUCUUUUAUAAAUACUAUGGUCCUUUCCUCACCAAGCCUUGGGCUAAGGUAUUGGUGCUGAUUAUAUAUCUGCUAUACCUUUCCGCUAGCAUUUAUGGUUGUGUUCAGACGAAAGAUGGAAUUGAUAUCCGAGAUUUGGCUAAAGCCAACUCUUCCCUGACUCACUUUUAUGAUAUAGAAGCGUUAUAUUUUUCAGAGUAUGGCCCAAGGGUUAUGGUGGUGGUGACUAGUAAAGCUGAUUAUUGGGAAACAAAGGCUCAAGAUGUCAUUGAAACUUGCAUUCAGAGCUUAGAAAAUAACUGCUAUAUUGCCAAGGGAUAUUCCACAUCCUGGCUGAGAGCCUAUGAAGAAAUGUCUAAGAGAGAAAAUCUAAACAUCAGCACUAAGGAAAUUUUUUUGAAAAACUUGGAUAAAAUGUUUGAAAAUUCUUCCGAUUUCAGGCAGGAUAUCAGGCUAGAAGGAGGUGAAAUUAAGGCCUCCAGGUUUUUUAUCCAGGCUGUUAAUGUAAUCAAUGUCGACAAUGCAAAAGCUAUGUUAACCCACUUACGAGACAUCGCUAAUAAUUGCAGCUUUAAGGUAAUUGUUUAUCACCCAUUAUUCAUUUACUUGGAUCAAUAUUUUGUAAUAAUUCAAAACACAAUCCAGAAUAUUAUAGUGGCUACUGCUGUCAUGCUUGUCAUUUCAGUUUUGUUAAUUCCAGAUCCCUUGUGCUCCUUAUGGGUGACAUUUGACAUUGCAUCAAUCAUUGCUGGUGUGACAGGGUUUAUGUCUUUCUGGAAAGUUAACCUAGAUUCAAUAUCGAUGAUCAAUUUGGUCAUUUGCAUUGGAUUCUCUGUUGACUUUUCAGCUCAUAUUGUGUAUGCAUGCGUGGCUAAUAGAAAGAGAAGUGUCAACGAGAGGAUGAUUGAUGCACUGCACCUACUUGGUUACCCCAUAGUACAGGGGGCUCUGUCCACAAUCCUGGGGAUUUCGGCCCUUUCUGCAGCAGAAAGUUACAUUUUCAGAACCUUUUUUAAAAUCAUGUUACUCGUACUUUUAUUUGGUGCCCUUCAUGGUCUGCUAUUCAUCCCCGUGUUCCUGAUAACAGUUGGCUCUUGCGGAAUGCAAUGUAGCAAUGAUGUAUAUCCCAAAGACCAUGAGGGUGAAGACGCAAAUGAUUUGCCCCCUGCUGUGAUAUACAGAGUGCACCCAUUGACGUUUGAGAGCCAUGUAAGAAAGGCCAAGUUUAGUCUGCCAGGCUAUACCAGUACUGUGCACGCUGUACAGGACUGUGGAAACCUGAGCAAGGAAUGCUACUGUAUGAGUUGGCAAGGAAGCAUUUACUCUGUACUUCAUUCACAGAAUAGACAGAUAGAUGAAGACAGUACUCAAGCAAUAGUGGAAUACAGAAACAAAAUGCUGCAAGUUUACGUGGAGUACAAAAAUGAUUAG